AUGGAAUAAAGAUAAUUUAGUAUAUGCUAAGACACUUAGAAUUAGGAGAAAUAUCUUUGCCUGAAUAAGGAAUGUUAUACAUCGAAGAAGAAGCAAUUGCAUUGCCAUGAGUGUUUAGUGAAAUUACAUAAGACAGAUAAGAAUAGCAUCAAACAUUAUGAGGAAUUUGUGACUUUUGAUUCUAUUGUCAAUGAUUUGAUAAGGAGGAAUAACAAGAAGCUAGAACUGUAUAAUCAGAUGAUAAUUGAUGCGCAUCAAUUCAAAAAAGACAAAUUCAAAGAGUUGUGCACUUUAAAAUCAUUUUCUAGCAAGAGUUCUGAGUUUCAGAAUCAAGUAUUCAAGAAGAUUGAAUUAUAAGUUGAGGAAGGCCCGAAACAAUUGAAUGCCUUGGUCUCAUUGAUUAGAUAAGGAUUGCAAUUUCAGAAAGAGAAACUUCAAUUUCAUAUAGAGCAGUACUUAUCGAAUGAUACAAAAUUUGAAGAUUCCCUAAAACAAGUAUAUGAAGAGAUCAAGAGGAAUAUUGAAACUUAUAUUGCUUCAAUAGAAUUACAGGAUUCUCAAACAAUUAAGAAGAAGACAAUCCAAUAAUUAUAGAAAAAAAUUGCUGAUUUAGAAGGAGUGAAGACAAUGCCCAAAUCAGAUUACCUUCCUACAAAAAUAACUACUCUUAUCAUCAUCAUUCCAGUGCUAUAUUUAAUUUAUACUACUCAACAACUUGACAAUUAACUGUUAAAACUCCAAAUGAAGUUAGACUAACAAUCCUUAUCUAUUUUAGAAUUGUAAAAAUUGUUAGUUUCGGAAGUUAAAGAAUUAUAGAAAGAAUAAAAUAAACAAACAGAAACACUGCUUAAGUAAUCUCAUGAAUCACUUUAAAGUGGCAAUGAUCUUAAGGAAAUCUUGAUAAACAAUGAUUCUAAAUUAGCACUUAAAGUAAUACAAUUAUAGAAGAAAACAGAUGAAGAAUUUAAUAAAACUAAAAAUAUUCUAUAAGACUUAAUAUCUAAGAAUCCAUAAAAAUUGACUCUGGAUAUGAAAACUAAUGUAGAGCCAAUCAUAUUUAAUGAGUAAUCAGAAAUUCUGGAAAUGGAUUACAUUAUCAAUCGUCUUAUUAUCGGAUAGUAAUUGAAAUUCACUAAAGCUGAAUUAAUUUACAAGAGUAAAAGAGAUGGGCUUUCGAUAAAUGCAUUCUGGUAAAGCCUGAAGAAGUAUGGUUCUACUUUAUUAAUCGCCAAAUUUCAUAACAACGAAAUAGUUGGGGCACUCACAUUGCCUCCUUAUAUCCCAUCACUUUAUGGAGACUAUAUGGUUGAUGUUGCCAAAAAGUCAUUCCUAUUCUCUUAUACAAAGAAUCACAUUUAUCAACUAAGAGAUCAUAGAUUUACAUUAUAUUCUAAACAUCUGGUGGGACCACAAUUUGGAUAAGGCCCUGAUCUAAGCUUAUAGGGAUCAACAUUUGAUCAAUGUUCAAGUAAUAUUGGGUACACUUAUGAAUUUGCUUAAGAGAAGGGCGAGUCCAUUAUGGAUGGAUCACCUCUGAUAUUAGAAAUGGAAGUAUUCUUAUUGAAUUGA